AAGGGAGGAGUCCUCCAACUCAACCUCACUAUCAUUAUCAGAAUCAAACACUAUGUGUUUCCCUUUAUUUGCAUUUGGUGUAUCCUGGAGAACAGAAGAGACAGAGAAAGAAAUUAAGGAGCAGAGAAAAAUGAGGUUACCCAGGUAAAGAAUAUGGAGGAAGAAUAUGAAACUGAAAUACUUCAACUGCGUGAAGAAAUUGCUUUGUUGGAGGCUGAGAAAGAGAACGUUGAGAGAGAAGUAUUCAUGGAGUAUGGGAAAUAUGUAAAUGAUAUAUUUGGUGCUAUUGAGGAGGAUGAUAUAAGAAGACCAGACAUUUCAAAGUUAAUGGAAAACAUUGAGAAAUUGGAGAAGAACCUUGCCAGACAGACCAGACUUAACGGAAUCAUCUUAACAGGGUGCUGUGUGAAGACCGUUGAGAAAAGUAAAUCCAAACCUGUGCAACAACACAGACUCAUGGGUCAUUGCCACCUCUGUUCUUUCGAAGUUGAAUUUGAGAUCAUUGAGACACAGGAAGAUGACACUGUAAUGAGAAAAGUGAUGAAUCUCAACAUUGUGAUGGAUGGCAAUGACUGCAAGGACAUCAGCUCAAUUGUGUCUAGAAUGGAAGAAACCAAAAGCCUUCUUCUGUUCUUCAGAACAUUGAGGAGUUUUUCUGAAAACUGUGAGCACAGAAGCAAAACAUUUCAACACUUCAAGGAGAAGUACCCAAAUAUGGUCAGUCUUCCGGAGGGAUGCCAAUCUGAGCUCAUGCUGAUCCAGAGUCCAAAACUUAAAGGCUGCACAAUGUGUAUUUUCUGGGACACUGAUGUGACAUUGGAUGGAGAAAUUAGGCCAAAAAUAGACUUACUGCUGAAAAUGCCUGAAGAGGUUAUGACAAUUGACUCCAAGAACAUUGUGGGAAAUGCUCCAGAGUACUUCCAGAACCUUUUACGCAUUCUAGGAGCUGAAGCAUCUAUUGAAAGUGUUAUAAAAACUGUGAGUGUGUAACAAAUGCAAUGAUAACUGCAGUAAUGGCACCAACCCCAUUCUUCAUCUUUUUAUUCAAUAUGAACAACUCAGUACAAUCAACCAUUAGCAAAUGUUUUAAUGCCAUCUGUACAUUCUCUUACAAUUAUGUAUAUGCACAUACUGUAUGUAAAUAUAUAUCCAUUAGUAAAGACCCUAGAAAAAUAAAUAAUUUAAAUACAAAAUUCUAGACAGUAAAAUCCCAUGUGCAUUCUGAAAUAGUUCAACCUAUAUCCUUUUAGUUUUUCUACUGUAUGCCUCACAGUGGAUGUGAUUUUUUUUUUUUAAAGAGGCUUAGUCAAUUACAUUUUACAGUGAAAUAAUCUUUCACAGUUGCUUGUGUUUGACAAUACUAAUAAAAUAUGCAUAACCUGGG